AGGAUGGCGAGGAAGUAGGAGAGGGUUUCCUGAGAUGAAAGAUUACUUCCGUCCGGGCUCUGGCCUCUCUCUGGAGCCUGCUCCUUGGGGGUUGGGGACCCGGGUGCGCGGGGUGCAGGCUUGGCCACCUGCAGCGCCCAGCGCGGGCGGGACGCGCUCGGCCCGGUCGGGGGCUCACGCGGCGGCGGGGGGUGGGGGGUCCUUGCAGGUGGGAGUCGAGCGCCUUUGCUAGCGCCCAAGCCAUGGUGGCCAAGCAGCGGAUCCGGAUGGCUAACGAGAAGCACAGCAAAAACAUCACCCAGAGGGGGAACGUAGCCAAAACCCUGAGGCCACAAGAAGAGAAAUAUCCUGUGGGACCAUGGCUGUUGGCACUGUUUGUUUUUGUUGUCUGUGGUUCAGCUAUCUUCCAGAUCAUUCAGAGUAUAAGGAUGGGCAUGUGAGGAGGCCCACCCUCUGGAGACUGGAAGACCAUGUAAGUUUAGAGCCAGGUAGGAUGCAAGCAAGCCACCAACUAGAAGAGACCGCAUAGGAACAAAGGCUUCUGAUAGCUUCUUCGCGGAUGUUGGACCAAAUUGCCUUCUCCCAGCACCUCUCGGGCGGCGCCUCCGUGUUCUCCAGCGGAAAGGACUUUCUGCUUCUCCGUGGCAGGAGCCAGAGCUGUGUGGGCGGCUGGCCGCUGUUUGUUUCUCCCUUGGUUCCACCCAUGUUUGCAUGCGGGCCUCAGAAUGAUCGCGAUCUUGGGCUGGCCUUCUAUGGAGUGGGUCUCUCUUCCUCCCAUGGGGAAUUGGUUUUACAAAUAAAUGUCUUUCUUCAACCUUG